CUACGUCCGCAAUAUCUUUUUUUUCGCCCAAGGUUUAUUAUUUAGUUUUGUGAAUCAAGCGGGCUGAACCGGCCAAGAUAUUUUAACAGUAGGCCUGUUAUUUGAAAGGCGGUUUAAUAAUGUCUCGCAGGUAUGAUUCUCGGACGACCAUCUUUUCGCCUGAAGGUCGCUUGUACCAAGUAGAGUAUGCGAUGGAGGCCAUUGGUCAUGCAGGAACAUGCCUGGGGAUUCUGGCCAAUGACGGUGUGCUGUUGGCAGCAGAGAGGCGGAACAUCCACAAACUGUUGGAUGAAGUUUUCUUCUCAGAGAAGAUCUACAAGCUGAACGAGGACAUGGCUUGCAGCGUUGCUGGGAUAACGUCAGAUGCCAACGUGUUGACCAAUGAGCUGAGGCUGAUAGCUCAGAGGUAUUUACUGCAGUAUCAAGAGCCUAUCCCCUGUGAACAAUUAGUGACAGCCCUGUGUGACAUCAAGCAGGCAUACACUCAAUUUGGAGGGAAGAGACCAUUCGGCGUGUCUCUGCUGUAUAUGGGCUGGGACCGACACUAUGGCUUCCAGCUUUACCAGAGUGACCCGAGUGGCAACUACGGCGGCUGGAAAGCUACCUGCAUUGGCAACAACAGCGCAGCUGCCGUGUCAAUGCUGAAGCAGGACUUUAAAGAGGGAGAGAUGACACUGUCCUCUGCACUUGCGCUGGCCAUCAAAGUCUUGAAUAAGACCAUGGAUGUAAGCAAGCUGUCUGCAGAGAAAGUGGAGAUCGCCACUCUGACCCGAGAAGACGGAAAGACCAGGAUCAAAGUGCUGAAGCAGAAGGAGGUGGAGGAGCUGAUUAAGAGACACGAGGCAGAGGAGGCCAAGGCUGAGAAAGACAAGAAGGAGAAAGAACAAAAGGAAAAGGACAAGUGAUUGAGCUCUCUCUAACUCUGUUUGUUUUUUGUUUAAUAAACUGUU